AACAGUUACCACAGUCUUGUCCUAUGCGUACAUGGUAUGUAGUAAUCUCAGGCAUACCAUUCCCAAGUCCGUAGUUUAUUGUCAAGUGCGCGAAGCUAAGCGUAGCUUACUUCAUAAUUUCUUAGGGUGAAUAAAACUCAACCAUUGACUCUGUCUCAUCGCAACUUUCAUUUCCCAAAACACCAUAACAACAACAAUCAUCAAUAAGAACAAGAUCAUCGUCAACAACAACGAGAAUCAUAAUCAAGAACAAUCAUCAACAACAGAGUCAACGUUUGAAGAAGCCUUCAGAAACACAAAUGCAAGGUGAAUUAGAGUUGCCACCUGGUUUCAGAUUUCAUCCAACCGAUGAAGAAUUGGUGAAUCAUUACUUGUGUAGAAAAUGUGCUGGCCAAUCAAUUUCUAUUCCUGUUGUUAAAGAAGUUGAUUUGUAUAAGUUUGAUCCAUGGCAGCUUCCUGAAAUGGGUUAUCACAGUGAGAAAGAAUGGUACUUUUUCUCUCCGAGGGAUCGAAAAUACCCGAACGGUUCCCGCAUUAGUGUAGAUCCAAAUCUAAUGGUCCAUGCAUUGGUGUGUCAAUGUGUAAGAGCAGGAAGUCGUGUAGAAAAUUCUUGUAUUGUUGCUGGCAUUUUUUCAUAUAUUUGUAAUAUACUUUUCAAUUCAAAGAGAUGGAAUGUUGCUUUAUACUAUUACACUAUUAUACGCUUUAUUUAUGAAUCCAUGACAAAAACAACGUUCAAAGAAAAAGACUUGCAUUAAAAUACUAAGAAGUCAGAACACAAAACAACUUCCAAUGUAUUACUACUAAUAAAAAUUGAAGCUGCUCAAAGGAUUGUCAUGUAAAAAUAUAAAUAGUUUAUAGUUGAUGAUGUUA